GGGCUGUACCGAGCGCCCAGGAAGCGCAGCAUGUGAAGUGGGAGGCCAAGUCACGGGGAUAAAAAAGAAGAUUCUCCACCGUGGCAAGAGACAGGCAGACAGUCCGUCGGCAUGGCUACUACGGCGGAGCUGUUUGAGGAGCCUUUUGUGGCAGAUGAGUACAUUGAACGUCUGGUAUGGAGAACUCCUGGAGGAGGCUCUCGAGGAGGCCCUGAAGCUUUUGAUCCCAAAAGAUUGUUAGAAGAAUUUGUAAACCAUAUUCAAGAACUUCAGAUAAUGGAUGAAAGGAUUCAGAGGAGAGUUGAGAAACUAGAGCAGCAAUGUCAGAAAGAAGCCAAGGAAUUUGCUAAGAAAGUACAAGAACUCCAGAAAAGCAAUCAGGUUGCCUUCCAACAUUUCCAAGAAUUAGAUGAGCACAUCAGCUAUGUAGCAACUAAGGUCUGUCACCUUGGUGACCAGCUGGAGGGGGUAAACACACCACGGCAACGAGCUGUGGAAGCUCAGAAACUGAUGAAAUACUUUAAUGAGUUUCUAGAUGGAGAGUUGAAGUCUGAUGUUUUUAAAAAUGCUGAAAAGAUAAAGGAGGCAGCUGACAUUAUUCAGAAGUUACAUUUAAUUGCCCAGGAGUUACCCUUUGAUAGAUUCUCUGAAGUAAAAUCAAAAAUAGCAAGUAAGUAUCAUGAUUUAGAAUGCCAACUUAUUCAGGAAUUUACCAAUGCUCAAAAAAGAGGUGAAAUCUCCAGAAUGAGAGAAGUGGCAGCAGUUUUACUUCACUUUAAGGGUUAUUCCCACUGUGUUGAUGUAUAUAUAAAGCAAUGUCAAGAGAAUACUAAUUUGAGAAGUGAUAUAUUUGAAGAUACAGCAAUACUCUGCCAACGUGUAAACAAACAAGUUGGAGAUAUAUUUAGUAGUCCAGAAACAGUACUGGCCAAACUUAUACAAAAUGUGUUCGAAAUCAAACUACAGAGUUUUGUGAAAGACCAGUUAGAAGAAUGUAGGAAGUCUGAUGCAGAACAGUAUCUUAAAAAUCUCUAUGAUCUUUACACAAGAACUACCAAUCUUUCCAGCAAGUUGAUGGAGUUUAACUUAGGUACUGAUAAACAGACUUUCUUGUCUAAGCUUAUCAAAUGCAUUUUCAUUUCCUAUUUGGAGAAUUAUAUUGAGGUGGAGAUUGGUUAUUUGAAAAGCAGAAGUGCUAUGAUCCUACAACGCUAUUAUGAUUCAAAAAACCAUCAAAAGAGAUCCAUUGGCACUGGAGGUAUUCAAGAUCUGAAAGAGAGAAUUAGACUACGGACCAACUUACCACUUGGGCCCAGUAUUGACACACAUGGUGAAACCUUCCUCUCCCAAGAAGUAGUGGUUAAUCUUCUGCAGGAAACCAAACAAGCCUUUGAAAGAUGUCAUAGGCUUUCUGACCCAUCUGAUUUGCCAAGGAAUGCCUUUAGAAUUUUUACUGUUCUUGUGGAAUUUUUAUGUAUUGAGCAUAUUGAUUAUGCCUUGGAAACAGGACUUGCUGGAAUUCCUUCUUCAGAUUCUAAAAAUGCAAAUCUCUACUUUUUGGAUGUUGUGCAACAGGCCAACACUAUUUUUCACCUUUUUGACAAGCAGUUUAAUGAUCACCUUAUGCCACUGAUAAGCUCUUCUCCUAAGUUAUCUGAAUGCCUUCAGAAGAAAAAAGAUAUAAUUGAACAAAUGGAGAUGAAGCUGGAUACUGGUAUUGAUAGGACUCUGAAUUGUAUGGUUGGACAGAUGAAGCAUAUCUUGACUGCAGAACAAAAAAAGACUGACUUUAAACCAGAAGAUGAAAAUAAUGUUCUGAUUCAAUAUACUAAUGCAUGUGUUAAAGUCUGUGGUUAUGUAAGGAAGCAAGUGGAAAAGAUUAGGAAUUCUAUGGAUGGGAAGAAUGUGGACACAGUUUUGAUGGAAUUUGGAGUACGUUUUCAUCGACUUAUUUAUGAACAUCUUCAACAAUAUUCCUACAGUUGUAUGGGUGGCAUGUUAGCAAUUUGUGAUGUGGCUGAAUAUAGGAAAUGUGCCAAAGACUUCAAGAUCCCACUGGUAUUACAACUUUUUGAUACCCUUCAUGCUCUUUGCAACCUUCUGGUGGUGGCUCCAGAUAACUUAAAGCAGGUUUGCUCAGGAGAACAACUUGCUAAUCUGGACAAGAACAUCCUUCACUCCUUUGUGCAGCUCCGGGCUGACUAUCGGUCUGCCCGCUUGGCUCGGCACUUCAGCUGAGGUUGAGUUUGAAAGAGAAACUUGAUGUACUUUGCCUAAGCCUUGAUUUUUAGAAAGCACACAGAGGAUUCCUUAUAACUACAUUUUUACAGGAAAAUGACUAUUCAGAACAAUAAAGCAGCCAUAUUUAAACUCAAAAUUUUAUUGGGGUAAAUGGAGACUGAUAGUAGCAUUUUGCAAUUUUUUUCUCUAAUGAGUUCAGCCAACUCUUGUAUUAUAAAUUACUUGUCACUAUUUUCACCCAUGGAAGGUGUUUGUUUAUAUGGGAAGGCAAGAAAGAUGUUACCAGUGUUCCUCUUUGUUCUUUAUUGGAUUCCAUUUGGAGACUUUAACUAUGAUGUUUAGUACAGGUGAUGGCUGACAGCUGAAACACAUUUGUUCAUCAGUUAUUUAUUUCUUCACUAUAACCAAUCAUUAAUCAAAUUCUUUUAGGUGUGCAUAAAUAAAUUUCCAUAAUCUAACAUGUUAUCCUACUUUGCAUCAUUUCUUCAACUUUUCUGAGAUAUGACAGUAACACUAAGAAAGCUGUGAUAGAUAAACUAAAUUGAUGAAGCUGUUUUCAUAUAGAUAUUAGUGAGGGGCCUAUAUUUGCUUUUGGCUUAACUCAAGGUUUACAGUAUCUUAUUUGGUACAUAAAUCUUUAAUAUGCCCUAUCAAGAAAUAUAAGUAGACACCCCAUUUUUAGAUUUUGUUAUUUUAAGGUAUAAGGUGGGGGAUAUCUUUGUAGAAAGGACUAUGUUUUUAUUUUAAAAUUAUAAGGGAAAUGAAAUGAUGAGAUAUAAUUUAAACAGACGUGAAAAUGUUCAUUCUUAGAAGUAGUGCUGUUUUAAAAAUUUCUGUCUUUAAAAAAUUAAUGAAUAUUCAGAAAGUCUGUCCUCCCUUUGAAAUUGAAUUGGAGGUUGAUAUUCAGCCAGCCAACUAAUCUUUUAGACAAAUUCAUUAACAAGACUACUGUUCUAGUCCCCACAAUUUAUGCCUUCCUCAAGGUAUUUCUGAAAUGGAUUCCUAUUGUAGGUAAAUGAUUGAGACAACCUAACAUAGUAAUAGUAGAUUAAAAUACUUAGGAUAGCUUUGGCACCAAGUGGAAAUUUAGAAUAUAUCUGAACAAAUGCUCUUCUUAAUUGAGCAGUGAGAAGACCUUCUAUAUUGGCCUAUUUCAAUCUCUGUAUUCUGUUCCUAGUCCUUAAGGAGUAGAAUAUCUUAAAUAUUCAAAUUACGUCAAUAUCCUUAAAAAACAAACCCACAAGCUUUUCCUAUUUUCAGAAAUAUCUUCUGAAAAAUCUGUUAUUUCUUAAAAUUCAGUUAUCCUUACCCAAAUUUUUGAAAUUUCUAAACCCUAGACAUGCAUACAACGUGAGUCACUAUUGACUAAAUCUUCUUCAUUUUUGUUCUUAUCACAGUAUUAACAAGGUAAGCAAAGGAAGUAUAAAGUAUGUCAGAUUUUGUGAAAGCAUUUUGGGAAGUUGGAAGCUUUGUAUAGUUCUUCAGUUUCUUGGUGAAGACAGAGCCACAGCAAGUUUUGGGUACUAGACAAAGGCACAUUUGUGUACUAUUGCCAUUUUAGAAUGCUUUGAUAUGAAUUCAAAGGAUACUUCUGUUACUUAAAUCCAACAACUUCAAAACAUUGGUUUUAAUGGCCAUUUAAAAAUCUUUGUAUACUGUGUCAAUUUGUAAACACCUCAAUUAUUAAAUAAAACAUUAGAUGUCAUUUUAAGACUUCAAA